CAUUUGCAUCCAAACCGUUACCGUCUAAAAACUCCAUUUUCCAUGACUCCGUCCUCUACUUCUAUAUAUAUAUAUAUCUAUAACUAUAUAUGAAAAAACCAAACACCAAAACUCAAAUCAACCUGAAUCAAACAUUAUCCAAUCUCCUGAUUCUCACCUGGAAAUCAAAAUAGGAAAUAAUAAUAAUCUUAGCAAUAUAUAUUCUAAUAUGCCCGGUGGUGCGGUUGUAGUAACAAACUCUCAGGUGUUCUUAUCGUCACAGAUGUUUCGUCAACCGAUGAUCUCUCCAUCGUCACCGCUCUCUCUCCGUCAUACAUCUCCGGUACCGUCAUCUCCGUCGUCAACUCUUCAUACAAAUGGAUCAGCUCUUCAUACAAAUGGAUAUAAUGAAGGAUCGGUUGUUAGUUGUGAUAAUUCGAAUAAUUCGUCACCAACGGUUCUUUCAAAGCGGAAGAGGCCUGCGAGGAUUCAGAUUCCGUUUGCGCCGUUGAGGUUUGUGGAUGAGGUGGUUAAGCCGGUUGAUGAUGUGGCGGAGAUUCAUGAUGAAGGUGAGGAGUAUUCUGUGUAUUGUAAAAGAGGAAAACGAGGCGCUAUGGAGGAUCGCUACUCGGUUGUUGUUGAUCUUCAAGGCGAUUGUAAACAGGCUUUCUUUGGAGUUUUUGAUGGCCAUGGAGGAACAAAGGCGGCGGAUUUUUCAGCAAAGAAUUUGAACAGAAACAUAAUGUCGAAAGUGGCAAAAAAAUGUGAAGAUGAGAUUGCAGAAGCAGUUAGGGAGGGAUAUAUCGCUACGGAUUCGGAGUUUCUAGAAGAAGAUGUCAAUGGUGGUACUUGUUGUGUGACUGCGUUGAUUCGUAAGGGCAACCUUAUAGUCUCUAAUGCUGGUGACUGUCGUGCGGUUAUGAGCCGAGGUGGUGUGGCUGAAGCUCUCACUGUUGAUCACAAACCUUCAAGGGAAGACGAAAAAGAUAGAAUCGAAAAAAUGGGUGGAUAUGUUGAUUGUCGCAAUGGUGUUUGGAGAAUACAAGGUUCACUAGCGGUAUCAAGAGCGAUAGGAGACAAUCAUCUCAAGAAAUGGGUGAUUUCAGAACCGGAAACAAGAGUAAUCAACAUUAGACCUGAAUGCGAGUUUUUAAUCCUUGCUUCCGAUGGAAUUUGGGAUACGGUAACCAACCAAGAAGCAAUCGACAUUGUUCGCCCCUUUUGCAUAGGAACCAUGAAACCUGACCUAACUUCCGCGUGUAAGAAGCUCGUUGGCUUAUCAGCAACAAGAGGCUCUUAUGACGACAUGAGUGUGAUGAUCAUCCGGUUGCCUCAUUUCAUGUCAUGAACAUAUAUAACAACAAACAUUAGUUAAACCUAAUUCUUGAGGAACCAACAUCAAUUGGACACAAAAACAUUAAUUAUUUAGACUCAGUAGUACAUCUUCAUUGUUGAUCCUAUCACAAUCUUAAUUGAGUUGAUUAGUUUU